AUGGCAUCACAAGUACUUAAUGACAGCUGGCAGGAUUUUCACCUUGUGACUAUGGAUGGGGGAUACAUUGUCAUUGGACAUUUUCACUUUGAAAAUCUCAAAUCAAAAGUGCUUUUGAGGUAUCGUGGCUUGGAGAGUAAAAGGGCGUUAAAACUCGCGAUCCAGGAUCGGAAACGCUGCGCUCUUUCCCCGGUAUGCGACUCCGCCUGGGGCAUUUUGCGAAGGUACAUACCACCACCGGCUAAUAAGAAACAGGUCAAUAAGAUGGGGAUGAGGUCAAGUGCCGGAAUGCCCGGUUUCAGAACUAAGUCGGGACAUAAUAAUCAUAGCCCAGCGGUGGAUGGUGGUGAAGUGUCAAAUGCCCCUGAGGAGGCGAGGGAUUAG